AUGUUCAAGGGGCUGAGCAAAAACUCCCAGGGGAAGGGGUCCCCCAAGGGGUCUCCAGCCAAGGGCUCCCCCAAAGGCUCCCCCAGCAAGCAAAGCCGGACUGCCACCCAGGAGCUGGCCCUGCUCAUCUCACGCAUGCAGGCCAACGCUGACCAGGUGGAGCGCGACAUCCUGGAGACUCAGAAGAAGCUGGAGCAGGACCGGCAGCGCAGCCAGCAGGGCCAGGCACUGCAGCACCGGCAGGAGGCGGGCCGCAACCUGAAGGAGGCCGAGGUGCUGCUGAAGGAUCUCUUCCUGGACGUGGACAAGGCCCAGCGGCUCAAGCACCCGCAGGCGGAGGAGAUCGAGAAGGACAUCAAGCAGCUGCACGAGCGGGUGACCCAGGAGUGUGCAGAGUACCGUGCGCUGUAUGAGAAGAUCGUGCUGCCGCCCGACGUGGGGCCUCGCGUGGACUGGGCACGGGUGCUGGAGCAGAAACAGAGGCAGGUGUGCGAGGGCCAGUACGGGCCGGGCAUGGCUGAGCUGGAGCAGCAGGUGGCAGAACACAACAUCCUGCAGAAGGAGAUCGAGGCCUACGGGCAGCAGUUGCGGAGCCUCGUGGGGCAGGAUGCAAACAACAUCCGGAAUCAGUAUCGCGAUCUGCUGAAGGCGGCCUCUUGGCGUGGCCAGAGCCUGGGCAGCCUGUACACGCACCUGCAGGGCUGCACGCGGCAGCUGAACGCUCUGGCCCAGCAACAGCGACGCAUCCUGCAGCAGGACUGGAGCGACCUCAUGGGGGACCCCGUGGGCGUGCGGAGGGAGUAUGAGCACUUUAAGCAGCAUGAGCUGCUGAGCCAGGAAGAGAGUGUCAACCAGCUGCAGGACGACGGCGAGCGCAUGGUGGAGCUCGGGCACCCGGCCGUGGGGCCCAUCCAGGCCCACCAGGAGGCUCUGAAGAUGGAGUGGCAGAACUUCCUGAACCUCUGUAUCUGCCAGGAGAGCCAGCUGCAGCACGUGGAGGAUUAUCGCCGGUUCCAAGAAGAGGCUGAAUCCAUCAGUAACACUCUUGCGAAGAUCAGCUCCAACCUGAACACCCAGUACAGCUGUGCCCCGGGGGGACCCCCAAGCAGCCACACAGAGAUGCUGCGGCAGUUGGAGGGGGAGGAGAAACAGCUGGCGAUGGCCGAGAGGACCAUUGGGGACCUGCAGCGGCGGAGCCGCGAGGUGGCACCCCUCCCGCAGCGCAGGAACCCGCCCCAGAAGGCGCUGCACGUGGACAGCAUCUGUGACUGGGACUCAGGAGAGGUGCAACUCCUGCGCGGUGAGCGGUACUUGCUGGUGGACAACAAUGACCCCCACACCUGGGUCGUGCAGCACCCGGGUGGGGAGACCAAGCGUGCCCCGGCCGCCUGCUUCAGCAUCCCGGCUCCGGACCCCGAAGCCUUGGCCAGAGCCUCCAAGCUGAGCUCGGAGCUGCAGGCCCUGAAGCAGAAACUGACCACCAUCCAGAGCCAGCUAAAGGCUGAUGUAGAGGACCCCCUGCGGCCUGGCCAGCAGGCUCAGAGCGGCUCCACCCCAGCCGACCCCCAGGCGCAGAAGCUCCUAACCCAGAUGACCAGGCUGGACAGGGAGCUGACACAGACAGAGCAGCAGGUGCUGGCGUGGGCUCGGGGCCCACUCAACCGCAGCACCCCCCUGGAGGACCUGGAGGCCCGCAUCCAAGGCCACAAGGCCUUGGCGCUGCGACUGCAGGACCUGGGGUCCGAGAAGGAGGCGGCUCAGCGGGAGUGUGAGGACUUCCUGUCUGCGAGGCCAGUGGGUGCCGCUGCCCUGCACCUGCCCGUGGUCCUGAACAGCGUCAAGAACAAGUACAGGGACACGCGGGCUCUGUGCGACCUCUAUGGGGAGAAGGCACAGGCAGCCCUGGAACUGGAGCAGCAGAUCCUGGAUGCGGGCAAAGUCAUUGAGGGCUUCGAGUCCACCCUGGCCCAGGAGGCGCCGCUGCCCGCCAGUCCAGGGGCGCUGCAGGACAGGGUUGCGGAGCUGCAGCGCCUGCGGAGGGAGCUGCUGGAGCAGCAGGCCUGCGUGCUGGCGCUGCACCGGAAGCUGAAGGCAGCCGAGCACGCGUGCAGCGCGCUGCAGAGCAACUGCCACGAGUUCUGCCAGGACCUGCCCAGCCAGCAGCGCCGGGCGCGCGCCCUCACCGACCGCUACCACACCGUGGGGGACCAGCUGGAGUCCCGGGAGAAGAUGGUGCAGGACCUGAGUCUCACCUACCAGCAGUUCAGGAACUGCAGGGACAACCUGAGCUCCUGGCUGGAGCACCUGCCCCGCGGCCAGGUGCGGCCAGGUGAUGGACCCAGCCAGGUGGCCUACAAGCUGCAGGCACAGAAGAGGCUGCUUCAGGAGAUCCAGGAGCACGAGCAGGCCAGGGUCAUGGCCUCCCGCCUCUCCCUGGAGCUGCAGGCCGCCCUCCAGGACUACGAGCUGCAGGCAGAUGCCUACCGCUGCUCCCUGGAGCCCCCACAGCUGGCCCCUGAGAGCCCCCACGUGGCGCCCCUGCAGGAAAGCAUCCAGACCCAGGAGAAGGACCUACUCAAGGCCUAUGCGGAGGCCACGGCUGCACACCAGCAGCAGCUGCAGCAUCUGGAAUUUGCCAGGAAGAUGCUGGAGAAGAAGGAGCUCAGCGAGGAUGCCCAGCUGACCCCUGGAGCGGUGCAGGGCGCUGAGCGCCCAGCCCCGGCGGCGGCGGAGAUGGGGCCCGAGGCGCUACGGUCCCAGCUGGAGGAGGAGCGGCAGCGUGUGGGCCGCGUGCGGCGGGAGCUGGAGGAGCAGCAGGACCAGCUGCUGCGGCUGCGCGCUCAGCGGCCGCGGGAGCGGCUGGAGGAGAAGGAGGUGGUGGAGCUCUACCGGGACCCCGAGCUGGAGCGCAGCCUGGAGCGUCUCCGGGCUCAGGUGGCCGACGAGGGCUCGCGGCGGGCGCUCCUGCAGGCCGAGCUGGAGAUGGCGGCGCAGAAGCUGGAGCUGGAGUGCGCCCAGCACCAGCUGCUGCUGGAGAGCCUGCAGCGGCGCCACCAGGCCGACCUGGAGCUCCUGGAGAGCGCGCACAGAAACCGCCUCAAGGUACUGGAAACGUCCUGCCAGCAGCGGGAAGAGCGGCUGCAGCGGGAGAAUGAGGAGCUGUUGGCCCGGUGCCUGGCGCACAGCCAGGAAGCCGAGCAGGCUUGCGCGGAGCUCAGCGCCCAGCACCAGCGGCGUCUGGCCGCCGCCGUGCAGGAGAAGGACCAGGAGCUGGACCGGCUCCGGGAACUGCAGCGAGCCUCCAUCCUGGAGAUGCGCAAGGACCACGAGGAGCAGCUGCAGCGGCUGAAGCAGCUGAAGGACCGCGAGAUAGACGCAGUCACCAGUGCCACCUCCCACACGCGGUCCCUGAAUGGAGUCAUCGAGCAGAUGGAGGCGUUCUCCAGCAACCUGCAGGAGCUGUCUUCACGUGUGGAGGCCUCGCACCUCACAGCCACGCAGGAGCGGGAGCUGGGCAUCCGGCAGCGGGACGAGCAGCUCCGAGUGCUGCAGGAGAGACUAGCCCGUGAGCAGCGGGACAUGGAGGAGGAGCGGAGCCGACUGCAGGAGGUCAUCGGGAGGAUGGAGACGCGCCUGAACGAGCAGAGCCGGCAGCUGGAGCAGGAGCGCUGGCGGAUGAGCACUGAGCAGUCGAAGGCGGAGUCCAUGCAGCGUGCCCUGGAGGAGCAGAGGAAGGCCCUGGGCCAGCAGAUGGCCAUGGAGAGGGAGGAGCUGGAGAAGGCCAAGAGCGCCCUGCUGCAGGAGCAGAAAUCUGUCAUGCACAAGUGUGGGGAGGAGCGGCGGCGCCUGGCGGCCGAGUGGGCCGAGUUCUUUGCGCAGCAGAAGCUGAGCAAGGAGCGGGCUGAGCGCGAGGUGGAGCGGGCACUGCAGGUGGACAGCCAACGGGAGGGCACUCUUCUCAGCCUGGCCAAGGAGCAGGCAGAGCUCAAGAUCAGGGCCACCGAGCUGCGGGCCAAGGAGGACCAGCUGGCGGCUGAGCGGGAGGUGCUGGAGCGGGAGCGGCAGGAGCUGAGGCUGGAGAAGGAGCGGGUCAGCGCCGCCGCCCUGCGCCUCCGGCUCCGCUCAGAGGAGGUGGAGAGCAUGAGCCAGGUGGCAUCGGAGAAGUAUGAGGAGGGGGAGCGGGCGCUGCGCGAGGCCCGGCACAUACGCUCCGAGCAGCAGGCCCGGCUCCAGCUGGUACAGCAGCAGCAAGAACGGCUCCGGCAGCAGGAGCAGCACAUGCACCAGGAGCACCUGAGCUUGGCCCAGCAGAGGCUGCAGCUGGACCGUGUCCGACAGGACCUGCCCCCCUGCCCUGCAGGGCUGCUCCCCAAGGCCCCCAGCCCCACAGUGCCCAGCCUGAGUGCCCUUGUCGUGCCUGCUCCCAAGCCACCAGCCCCUGGCCCCGCACACCUCCAAGCCAAGCUGUUGCUGCUGAGACAUGCGGCCGAGCAGGACCACGACUUCCUGGAGAAUGAGCAGUUCUUCCUGCAGACCCUGAAGGCCGCCCCCUACAACCUGAGCACCCACUCAGCCUGA